CUUGACGGGAUGCAUUAAUCAUGCCGCGCAGAUUUCAUUAUUAAUAAAUGAAAAAAGUUUGGCAAGAAAUCAGAGCAUAUGCUUAUUGGGAUACUCCUACCAAAAACGUCCAUCUUGCUUAUAAAAUCUUGCUUCGUGCCAUUCCUGGCAUUCAUGUCCUAAUUCCAAUCACGCUUCAUCAUCAUCAACCACCCUCUUGGAGACUCCAGUGAGAGAGAGAGAAAGGGGUGUCCAAGAAGAUGAAGUUUCAAUGUUCGAUUGUGAUCAGUCUCCUGUUACUACAGUGCCUAGCGGUCCUCGUUGCAUCGCAAAGCUUUGAUUUCUUUUACUUCGUCCAGCAGUGGCCAGGGUCGUACUGCGACACAGAGCGGUCUUGUUGCUAUCCGACCACUGGGAAGCCAGCUGCGGAUUUCGGAAUUCAUGGACUCUGGCCUAAUCACGAUGAUGGCUCGUACCCUUCCAACUGCGAUCCGAACAGUCCCUUCAACCCAUCUGAGGUAUCAGACCUGAAAAGUAGCAUGCAGAAGAACUGGCCAACACUGGCAUGCCCAAGCGGUGACGGCCAGAAGUUCUGGUCGCACGAAUGGGAGAAACACGGUACCUGCUCGGAGUCUGUCCUUGAUCAACAUGCUUACUUCGAGUUGGCUCUCAGCCUCAAACAGAAGGCUAACCUCCUCCAAGCACUGAAAAGCUCAGGAAUAACACCGGGAAGCUCAUACAGCUUAGAGAGCAUAAAGGACGCUAUCACGGAAGCAGUAGGGUACACUCCAUGGAUCGAGUGCAACAAGGACUCGUCUGGGAAUUCCCAGCUUUACCAGAUUUACCUGUGCGUCGACCCUUCUGGGUCCGAUCUAAUCAAAUGCCCCGUGUUUCCUAAGGGCCCGUGCUCUAAGGAGAUUGAGUUCCCUUCUUUCUAGAACUUAAAAUAUGCGGCUGUACAUGGUGUCGUGUUGUGUCGGGCUAUAAGCAUCUGUUUCCCCGCUUCAUUCACACAACUCCAUCCGAUUCAUUCACAUGACAUUGUCACUGUUAUAGCUCAAGCUGCAGAAGCGAGCCUAAGAAGGCCUUUAAUAACAUUGCUAGUGUAGCCCCUUCAGCAAAUGGCCAUGUCUACGCUGAUUUCCUUGCUGC